GGGUAACUGUGAUGUUGUAUUAUUUAUUUCUUGCAACUUCAACAACACAGUUACCCAAACUUUUGCUCAAACAGCAUUAAAUUAGGCAAGAAACCAUAUAACCCACGCUGUUUGCACCAUUUUAUCGCAGAAAUGGAGAACUGAUCAUCUCACCAUACAAAAAUCCAGCUCACUACUUUCAAUCUAGUACUUCACUGAUUGCGUCCUAUUGUUGUCCCUUCGUAUUGUCGGGCCGCCACCAAACCGGACUUCGCACAAUCAAGUCGCGACGCGACCCAACUCGCGACGUUUUUGAAUCAUGUCAAAAGUAGUGCGCAUCCUUCCCGUUGUUGUCAGCAACACAGCGCACUAGAUGCGAAACUGUUGCGACACUUGUGGGCCAAGAAAAUGGCAAUUUUUGAUUGAAUGUCUGUCUUGAUUCCAACCGGAUAGACAAUAAAAUGGCUCAUUCUACUCGGGUUUGCAUUGCAGUACUAGAUUAUUUACUUCCAUGUGUAUCUCAAAAUCUCAAAGCCUUUCCAGCCAAUCACAGCAUCUGCAGUAGGCGCUCGCAGUGCACAUGCUACAGUCCCAUGCGUCAUACGUAUACGCAAAGCAAAUCCGCCACGUGUUAGGUGCUCGGUCUUCAAAAGCCGGAAUUCCGUUGGCUAUCCCAGUUCUGAACCAUGUCAUCUACCGAUAUCAUAGUGACAAAGCGCAUCUCGCAAAUAAAUCAAGACGCGCGCAGCUUCGUUCUCACCGGAGUCGUCAUCGCGAAGAAUGAGCCGAAGUAUUUCGAGUCGUCCUCGUCACAGUAUGCGGGAAACGGCUCAUCCUCCCGUGGGGUUUUGACCCUGACCAUUCGAGAUAGCGACCGGGACACGAUUAACUGUACCGUUUGGGGUUCGCAGCUGAUGAUCGAUUCGUACGAUGGAAUGUUUCACAUUGGGGAUGUAGUAAAUGUGACCAAUCCAAAAGUUCUGCCAUCGGCCCAGGACCGAGGUGAACAGUUCAACCCUAGGUCCACAUCCCAGUGGAGUCUCAGUCUGGGGGAGAAUGGUGACAGCGGAAUCAAACUGUACGAAGGAGCCGCUUUGGAGCAGUUUAGAAAGCUGGUGACGGUCGCUACGGUGCUGUCUUCGGAUACUUAUCCCCUGGCGGACAUCGCAUCCGGCGGGCAAAGCAUCACUGGUCAGAAUGUCAACGUGCUGGUGGUAGUCCGCGCCAUCCGACCAAGAAAACAGAUUGUAAUCGCCAAGACCGGUAAGAUGAAGAAUCUGCGGGAAGUUAUUGUUAUGGAUACCAGCCACGGAGGGAUGUCCAUGAAGUUCUGGAACAGCGAAUACGUCGACCGAAUCGAUAAGUGGAUUCCGCUGACAACGGUUCUGCUGAUAAUGGACGUCCGGAUUGAGUACAAUCAAUACCACAAGUCGAUUUGUCUUGGGAUGAGCGGCAAAACUAUCAUCACCGAAGAUCCCGCUGUGGAAGAAGCGGAUCAGCUGCUUUUGCACGUGAUGAGAGUGCCCCUCAGUGAAUCGGACGUUGCUCAAUCGCUUUUCGAUGGAAGUAUUGAUCCGGUGAAUAUCACUACGAUUAUGACCGUACAGCAGAUUCUGGACCGUGCCGAAGGAGACCUGAAGGGCGAGGAGGACCAAUUUACUGCUUUGUGUUAUGCCGUUAUUUCCAAGUUCGAUUUGGAUGGUUGUUCGAAGAUAAUCAGUCGGAAGUGUUUGACGUGCAAGUCGUUGCUUCGGAUGACGGACCAAAAAUGUCCACGAGACGAAUGCCUGCCGAAUCCGUACAACAUAAGCAAGUAUUUCGAUAUUCCGGUGGACAUCACGGAUCACACGGGAACGUUGAAUAACUGCCGGUUGGUUAGCCAGGCUGCGGAGAACACGUUGAACUGUAACGUGGAUACUUUCUUGAAAAUGGGAGACGUGCAGAAGGGAAAGCUCAAGUGGCGGUAUUUGCUCGAGCGAUGCGCGCUGAAAUUGAUCAUCAAACGGAAGUCACCCAUUCGGUUCCAGUCGGUGUACACGAUCGUGGAGUGCAGUGUUGCCAAGCCGCAAGAGGUUGAACAUAAAAUCAAAGUUUAUUGAUAGGUUUAGCAUCGUUUGUGUUGUAAAUUAUUAGUGAUCGUGAACGCUCAAAAUAAAAAGAUUAUCAUUUUUGCCCUGAAUUUGGGUUUUUGCAUAAUGCGAUUGAAUGAACAAAAUGAAAGGUAUGUAAAAUCGUCCCUAACAAUCGCACUUCUCCAACUGACGCAUGGGGAGACGCGAUGUUAGCGCUGCGUAGCUGGUGUGGUUGAUGUGGUUUUCAGUAUGGCCAUCUCGAGAAACCCACGUGACUUUAUGCACUGGUCGAUGGGGAAAGAACGAGCACCACAUCACCAGGUCGUCGUUGUUGCCACUAAGGGCCGAUUUCUUCACCCUGGCU